CCUGCUUUGGUGAAUAACUUGGUUCUCAGAACAUGGGCCCUCGUUUAAAGCUGCAGCUGUGAUCCUCGGCUCUCUGCUGGCAUUGAAGAGACCUGAUGUUUUACGUUAUUGGUGGAAUCACAGUGUCUGUGGUUGCAUUCUUCUUCACAAUUAAGUUCCUCUUUGAGCUUGCCGCACGUGUAGUCAGCUUUCUUCAGAAUGAAGACCGUGAGCGCCGAGGGGACCGGACUAUUUAUGACUACGUGCGGGGAAAUUACCUGGAUCCCCGGUCCUGCAAAGUGUCCUGGGAUUGGAAGGACCCCUAUGAGGUGGGCCACAGCAUGGCCUUCCGAGUGCAUUUGUUCUAUAAGAAUGGACAGCCUUUCCCCGCACAUCGGCCCGUGGGACUGCGAGUUCACAUCGCUCACGUCGAACUAGCAGUGGAAAUUCCAGUGACCCAGGAAGUCCUCCAGGAGCCAAAUUCCAAUGUGGUAAAGGUGGCCUUCACUGUGCGCAAGGCUGGGCGCUACGAGAUUACUGUGAAGCUCGGUGGAUUAAACGUGGCCUACAGUCCUUACUACAAAAUAUUUCAGCCUGGAAUGGUGGUUCCUUCCAAAACCAAAAUUGUGUGCCAUUUUUCUACUCUCGUAUUGACCUGUGGGCAGCCGCACACUCUGCAAAUAGUGCCCCGGGAUGAGUAUGACAACCCAACCAGCAACUCCACGUCCCUGCGAGAUGAGCACAACUACAGCCUGUCCAUUCAUGAGCUUGGUCCUGAAGAAGAAGAGAAUAAUGAAGUCUCAUUUGAGAAGUCAGUGACGUCCAACAGGCAAACAUGUCAGGUGUUCUUGCGGCUCACCCUGCAUUCUCGAGGUUGCUUCCAUGCCUGUAUUUCAUACCAGAAUCAACCCAUCAAUAAUGGCGAAUUUGACAUUAUUGUCCUGAGUGAUGCUGAGAGGAACAUCGUUGAGCGCAACGUGUCCACCUCAGGAGUGAGCAUUUACUUUGAGGCUUACCUUUAUAAUGCUAACAACUGUGCCAGCACCCCUUGGCAUCUUCCUCCCAUGCACAUGAGCUCUUCUCAGCGCCGGCCCUCCACUGCUAUUGAGGAGGAUGAUGAAGACUCGCCCUCGGAGUGCCACACCCCUGAGAAGGUGAAGAAACCGAAGAAGGUGUACUGCUAUGUGUCACCAAAGCAAUUCUCAGUGAAGGAAUUCUACCUGAAAAUCAUCCCCUGGCGCCUCUACACCUUCCGAGUGUGCCCUGGGACAAAAUUUUCGUACCUUGGCCCUGACCCCGUUCAUAAGCUGCUCACGCUGGUGGUGGAUGAUGGCAUUCAGCCUCCUGUGGAGCUAAGCUGCAAGGAGAGGAACAUUCUAGCAGCCACUUUCAUUCGUUCCCUGCACAAGAACAUUGGAGGCUCCGAGACCUUUCAAGACAAGGUGAACUUUUUCCAGCGAGAGCUUCGGCAGGUCCAUAUGAAGAGACCUCAUUCCAAAGUCACCCUGAAGGUCAGCAGACAUGCCUUGUUGGAAUCGUCUUUGAAGGCCACUCGGAACUUUUCCAUCUCAGAUUGGAGCAAGAACUUUGAAGUGGUUUUCCAGGAUGAAGAAGCUUUGGACUGGGGAGGGCCUCGCCGGGAGUGGUUUGAGCUAAUCUGCAAAGCACUGUUUGACACCACCAGUCAGCUCUUCACCCGGUUCAGUGACAACAACCAAGCUCUGGUGCAUCCUAAUCCUAACCGCCCGGCUCACCUGCGCCUGAAGAUGUAUGAGUUUGCAGGCCGCCUGGUAGGCAAGUGUUUGUAUGAGUCUUCACUAGGAGGAGCUUACAAGCAACUGGUCCGUGCCCGUUUCACUCGGUCUUUCCUGGCCCAGAUCAUAGGACUCCGUAUGCAUUACAAGUACUUUGAAACAGAUGACCCAGAAUUCUAUAAGUCCAAAGUGUGCUUUAUCCUCAACAAUGACAUGAGUGAGAUGGAGCUGGUCUUUGCAGAAGAGAAAUACAACAAAUCAGGUCAACUGGAUAAGAUUGUAGAACUAAUGACAGGUGGAGCUCAAACCCCAGUAACCAACACAAACAAAAUCUUCUAUUUAAACUUGCUAGCCCAGUAUCGGCUGGCCAGUCAAGUGAAAGACGAGGUGGAACAUUUCCUAAAAGGCUUGAAUGAGUUGGUUCCUGAGAACCUUUUGGCUAUUUUUGAUGAGAACGAGCUUGAGCUGCUGAUGUGUGGAACUGGAGACAUCAGUGUGUCUGAUUUCAAAGCCCAUGCUGUUGUGGUUGGCGGAUCCUGGCAUUUCAGAGAAAAGGUCAUGAGGUGGUUCUGGACUGUGGUUUCCAGUCUGACCCAGGAGGAAUUGGCUCGGCUGCUUCAGUUUACAACAGGUUCCUCUCAGCUCCCACCUGGAGGCUUUGCUGCCCUCUGUCCCUCAUUUCAGAUUAUUGCUGCUCCAACCCACAGCACGCUUCCUACUGCACACACAUGUUUUAACCAACUGUGCCUCCCUACAUAUGACUCAUAUGAAGAGGUGCACAGGAUGCUACAGUUGGCCAUCAGCGAGGGUUGCGAGGGCUUUGGCAUGCUCUGACCACUCCUCUGUCACCUGCUUGGCUCCCAUGCUCUCUAAAGCAUCUGGACACAUGUUAACAAGCAUAACCACUGACCUUAGCACAUGUAACCAUUAGCCAGAAGAGACUGCAUGCUCCCUUUGUCUGGAGUGUUCUGUCAUCGACAAGCAUUGUUCUUACCUCACCCUCUGUGUCCAUAUUUACCACAGGCCUUGGGCACGUGGUACCUAUCUGAGCUCUAUUCAGUCAUGAGGAGAGGACCGUGCUGCUGCCAUUUCAUUUGGUCCUUUGAGAAUCUCUGUGGCUAAAUCUGCCUCAGUGACUUGGAGAGAUGGUUGACACAGAGGACUUGAUUCUGUUGGAAAGCUGUCACGCUGAGACCCUUAAGCCAUGCCUUGUUCCAGCACACUCUGCUCCUUGGAAAUACCCUCCUUGAUCUCACUACUUGACCAGA